AAGGCGGCGGCAGAGACCAGGACACUCCAGUCCAGACCCUAACAGGAGACUGUAUCCAGUGCGAAAGUACUUCAUCUUGGACAUCACAGGACACAAACAUAACCAUGGUCAAGACUUUCAUCCUUUUGCUUCUGCUUGUCGGAAGCAACAGUCAAAUGACUUCAGAUCCAAUUGAUGAUCCAACUGAUGGCCCGACCGAUAGUGCUACGGAUGGUCCGCCCGAUGGUCUGACCGACGACCUGACCGAUGGCCUGACCGAUGGCCUGACCGAUGGUCCGACCGAUGGUCCGACCGAUGACCCGACCGAUGAAAUGACCGAUGACAUGACCGAUGACAUGACCGAUGGUCUGACCGAUGGCCCGACCGAUGACAUGACCGAUGACCUGACCGAUGACAUGACCGAUGACAUGACCGAUGACCUGACCGAUGGUCUGACCGAUGGCCUGACCGAUGGUCUAACCGAUGGUCCAGACGACUUACCAGGCUUCACGGUUUUGUUGGACGAAGGCAUUGAACUUUCCGUUGGGUUUCGCAAUGGCGAAGGAAUUAAUGAGCGCCUCAUUGUUAUCCAAUUAGUUGAUGGCAAAGUCAAAGUAAUUCCCACCACCCGUUAGGCGUCAGACUCUAAUCAUUUAUAAGCGCUCAGCCGUUUAUCUGAAUUAGAACUGCAGCGAUAUCCGUUUGACAUUUAUUUCUGACAUCUGUUGUACCUUUCUAACUGUCAUUCUAUUACUGACCAUUGGGGGCGGUGUUGGUGUCAGUGUUUGUGUUUCUUUCUUUGGAAAAGUACAUCUGAUAGAAAAUCAUGAAGUCUUUGAGCUCUCUGGUACGUACAUUGUUUUUCUGUCCUCAA